GGUGUCCCAGUCAGUCAGUGAGGGAGUCCGCCGCAGGCUGCUGAGCAUCUCCCUGCCCACAUGCACGGAGCGAGAGUGCAGACAAGCAGCAGGAAAAGCUUUGGGAUUUAUUAUUCGGCGUGGGUGAACACCUGGAUUACGAAACCUCGUUUUUAUUUCUCUUAGAUUUUCUUUUAUUUUCUUGACUUCUGGGCUUGAGGAACAACCUGCUAUCAUGUCUCGGGGGCCAGAUGAUGUGAGCAAGCUCACUGAAAGUACAUACAAGAUUGUGAUGGAUCAGCUCAACCCAGGCCUGAGGAACCUGGUCAACCUUGGGAAGAACUAUGAGAAGUCAGUCACAGCGAUGACGCUUGCAGGAAAGGCCUAUUUUGAUGCUGUCUCGAAGGUCGGCGAGAAUGCGAUGGUGUCUCCAGUCUCCAGAGAGCUUGGUGUGGUUCUGAUGGAGAUUGCAGAGGCCCACGGGAAAGUCUAUAAUGAACUAGAAGAGAACUUCAAGAGGUUCCACAGAGAUGUUAUUAUAGAGCUGGAGAAGAAGACAGAGAUGGAUGUCAAAUACAUGAAUGCCACCUUCAAGCGCUAUCAGUCAGAACACAAGCUGAAGCAGGACUCCCUGGAGCGCUCUCAGGCAGACCUGAAGAAGCUCAGGAGGAAAAGCCAAGGAAAGCACUCAUCCAAGUAUGAGAUCAAAGAGAACGAGUGUAUGCAGACCAUCUCGUCACGUCAGAUGGACAUGCAGAAGUUCAUCGCUGACGGGUGCAGAGAGGCCUUACUGGAAGAAAAGAGACGCUUCUGUUUCCUGGCGGACAAACACUGCAUGUUCUCCUAUCAAAUCAUCAACUUCCAUGAGAAAGCUAAAGAGAUCCUGGCCAUGAGGCUCCCCAGCUGGCAGGAAAAGUGCAGUGACAUCACUAAGGUGCCCGACACGGUGACAACCAUGAUAGACGUGCUCUCUACCACUCCAGAACAAUCACCGCUGGUUGAACGCUACAACAGGAACAACGUGGAGUCAUCGGUGCCUCCUCCAGCACCGCCGCUAAAGGCACAGAUCAGUCCGCUACCCAACAUGUUCAACCCAGUGCCCAGGUCUCCGCUCACCUCCUCCUCAGACCACAACUCAGACCAGGGAAGUCUUGGAGAGGGCAGUCUGUCCCGGUCAACAUCCCAGUCGUCCGGCCUCAACGUGGGCAGGAGGCCCCGAGUUAUAACCAUUUUCCCCCACACGGUGGGCAACAACGACACACUCCUCAGCUUCAACGAAGGAGACAUCAUCAGCCUGCUCAUCCAAGAAGAGAAGGACGGCUGGCUGUAUGGAGAGCUGGAGAGGACACAGCAGCGGGGCUGGUUUCCCUCAUCUUACUGCAGACCUUACACUGAGCCAAUUAUAUCAAAUAGCAGCAAUCUGGGCACACCGGUGCGUCGUCUGAGUGUGGCCAGUCUGCCAGAGCAAGAGGAGGAGGAGCCGGUGUUGCUGCCGCCACCAGACUACAGCGACUACACCCCCACGAGCCCAGAGAUCCCCUCAAUGCCUUCGCCAUAUAUCAGGGAGUCUUUAGUCAAUGGGACUGCAAAGGCUCCCUUUCUAGGAGGAGGGAAUCCGUUCGCCACAGUUAAGCUGAGACCAACUGUUACGAAUGACAGAUCAGCGCCAGUCAUCUAACACAGAAGAGGAGGAUUUUCAUCGCUGUCAUGCCUUCAGGGGACUCGUGCAACAUGGGGCCCCUGUGACACAGUGAAUAUCACCCCAACCUGACAUCUCACCAGCCUGCAUGCUAGUCUCUCAGUACCAGUCUGCUCUAUUAAAGCGAUCCAUUGUUUCUCGGCACAAGUGUGUUUUACAGUGCCCGUGUGUGUUUUACAUUAGCCACAACAGGGAAACAUUUCAUAAUCAACACGAGGAGAAGCAGGAAUUCUAAAAACAUUUUGUAGUAAAGUAAGUGUUAAAGUAAAAAGUCACCCCAAAUUGUGACUUUGUCUAGUCUCUGAAUGUUGUGUGAAAUUGACAAAUACAUUUGCAUGCAUUUCCUGUGGCUGCUUCACAAUAAAAGCCGCCCCAUGUUUCAGCAACAAUGACAGCAGGAAAUGUUUGCUUUGCAUUUGUAUUACGCUAAUACAGCCCUGAAGACAGUGUGUGCACAAAAUUGCACUGGAUUACUUGCAUACAUUGUUUCCUCUGAAUCCAUCGUGCAAUGGCAGACUCCGCCACUACCAAUAAAAACUUCAAAAUAAAUUACUCUAGUAGUAAAAACGGGGUUUGAUUUCAUGGAAAGCUAAAGGAUUAUAACUUUAAACAUUCUUCAAACAUAUUUCUGCCACAAUCCAAGUGUUUUGUCGACAAACAAACAAGAGGGGGACAGUGUCAUAAGGUCUUUUCAGGCCUUUUUGUGCUGCAGUCACUUCAGUGUUUGAAUACAGAAUGAAGAGAUCCAGAUUUAAAUGAUAGACCAGCACCAGGGCUGUCUUCCUGACUUGCCAAAAAUAGAUUGUUAUUUCUUUUUUUAUUAAUUAUUUUUGUCUGUCUUUUUUUAAAGAGGCAUUGUGAUAUACAACGGUUGUGAGAAUGAAGGGAGAGUGACGAGUUGGGAAAAGGGUUUGUCAUUUGAGUGACGGCAAAACAGUAUGUCACUGUUUAAAAUGAGAAGGCUAUUUAUAUACAGUAAGUUUGUAUGAGAUAUUUAAAUGAAAUAUGUAUAGAGAAGUCCAUUAUGUGAAGGUGUCCCUUUGAAUAUGAUAGCCACUGCUCUCAUGAUCCAAUACUGAUUUUAAUUUGACUGCUGAUAUGUAUUUUAAAUGGGCAAAAUGACCUUUUGAUGAAGGAAAUAUUUUUCACUCUGAUGGUUUCACUGUUUAUUGUAGAUUCUGUGUCCAAUGCACAGUUUAUGCAUCAUAAUAAUGUACCUUGCAUUGUGUGAAUAAAAUGGGAAAGAUACUACCUGUUUUGUAAGGAAAAUUACUUUUUGCCAUGUACUUGCUUCACAGAAUGUACAUGUAAAUGAGGAAAUGUUUUAUAGUCCAGGUUAUUGAUCCUCACAGACCCACUGAUGUUAAGCGUAAAAGUGAACCCAUCAUAUUGACCUACUUAUUGCCUCAUGCUUUCUUCAUAGUACCUUGCCACUGUUGACCAAUGU